AGUAAAAUCGAACGCCAUUCGGCCGGCUUAACAUUCGCCAAUCGAAUACAAACCGAUGGCAAUGCAUUCGUUUUUCUGAUGAACAAAGAGAAGAAGACGAAGAAGAAAAACGAUGAAAGUGAUGCUGAAACCAAAGAACGGCUACGAAAUAUAUUACGCCACUGCGAUCGCAAGUAAGCUUUGAUGUUGGCGACCGUGAGAUCAUCGCCGGCCAAAUUAUCGAUCGAGAGAAAGAUGAUACGGGCGCUGUGAAAGUGAAAAGCGUACGCAAUUUCAAAAUAUCCAGCAAGCAAUAUCAUUGGAUGACGAAAUUGCCACAGUUCAAGAAACAACGAGAUCGACUGGUUGGUACGCUUGAAGACGACAGGGCCGACGAUCGUGAGCGCAUCGAACGAGAGUGUGAGAACCAUGUACAGCCGAGCAGCAGAACGAAUGAUUUUGAAACGUACGCCGACCAUACGUUAAGAUUUUUCAAUCGGGCCAUGGAUGUGUACGGCAGCGAAGCGUAUGUACUGACUAAUUUUUUGCAUUGGAUUGAAAUCCAUCGAACGAUUGGUGAAUUGGUGCGAAUGAUUGUCGCACAAGGGCAUGGUAAACAUACAUUUGUGUUUGUUGGCAAGGCGCCGUUCACCCAUGCAAAUUCACCAUGCAAAGGUUAUGUACGUACCAGUGUUCGUUUGCUAUUCAAAGCACUCGAACAACAUCCACAAUGUACCGUGCGCUACGUGGAUGAAUAUCGAACAACAAAAUUAUGUAGCCGCUGCUUCAAUGUACUGGAAAAUGGUUCGAAGAAUGGCCGAAAGACAACAAAAUCUCGGUUCAAAGUGUGUCGCAAGUGUAAACCAUCGCCAGAAGCACUGCCCGAUGGUGGUUCAUUCAUUUACAGCCACAAGAAUUCGAAACAAUUGAAGAAGCAGAAAAAAUAUCGACCACGGUAUUCGAACGAAGAUGACCCCCAGCCAAAAGUCGAACUGAAACGCUUCAAUAUGGUCGAUGGACUGCUUGUGCCGGGUGCUGAAAAUGCUGAGAUAGUGAAGAGGCCACGAACACAUUUGCGACGUCGGCGCCUAGAUGUCAUCGCAUGGAAAUACAUACGAAAUGAUGAUGAUAUUGGUGAUACGACAAAAGUCCGUUCGGUUACAUUGAAUCGAGACACUAAUGCCGGUCGAAAUAUUCGACUUCGCGGUCAUUAUGAACUAUUUGGAAUAAAAUUGCCAGAUGCAUUCACAGUCGAUGCCGAGACACAAAACCAACAUGCAGAGCGACGCUUCAAACAAUUUGAUGAAAAUAAGCGUAAAAAGCAACAAAAG